AUGACUGAAAAUAAUUUAGAUCCGGAAAUAUGGAAGAAGACUCAAGAUAGUCUCGGGAAGUUUGUGAAGAAGCCUCCAUUAACAGAGAAACUUUUGAAGAAGCCUCCAUUUAAAUUUAUUCAUGACGUUGUGAAAGUGGUGAUCCGUGACACAAAUUUCCUUACGGAACUCUUCACUGAAAGUGAAUUGAAUGUUGAUAAUAUUAAAGAUCGUGAUGGGAAAAUGAAAUUUCUUCAAAAACUUAUUGAUGUAGUCAAAAUUGUAACGAAAAAAGAGCUUCAAGUAAAAGCCUCGAAAAUUGUAGCUGGUCUUGAACCAGAGAAGACAAACGAAUUAUUUCAAGCAAUUGGCUAUGCAUUAGAAAAUAAUUUGGAUAGUAAAGCAGCGAUCGAAGCCAUCAAACACGGAUAUCAAAAUGGUAAUGAAUCAAAAUCGAAACAGAAGACAAGUAAGGGUGAAACCAAGGAGAAAACUCCCACAAGUAAAGCAACAAAAAAUCAGCUGCCAUCGCGUGAUAAAACACCGGCAAAACCUGAAACAAAAAAAUCAAUAACAACGCAAAGAUCAGUUGAUAAAAAAACGUCUUCAAAAGAUAAAGAAAAGAAGGAAAGAUCGACAAGUAAAUCACGACCAAGUGAAGUUAAAGAUUCAAAGAAAGUUAAGAAACUUCCUUCGAAUGAAAAGAUUAAUGGUGAAGUUUUGACGAAUGGUGGAAGCAUCGAAAGUCAACACAGUUCCAUUCAUUCAUUACAACCAAACUCGAUUGAAAGGAAAGAAGAAAUCGAAGAUAUUCAAGAGACAACAGCAAUUCAACAAAAUUUUCUUCAAGUAUCUGAAGAAGUCAAUAAAGAACAUGGCGAAUUGAAAAUCAAUGGAGAUGUUCAUCAUGAACCGGAAAUUGCUGUCAAAGACACUCCACCACCACCUGAAUCAAUUACAAAGCCACAAGAUGAGUUGGCAGCAAUCAUUGAUGAAGAAGCAGAGUUCAGAAGAAAAGAAAAAUUGAAUAAAAAGUUUUCAGCAAAGCAUCGACAAAAGUCAGUUGAAGAAGUGCAACCGCCACCAUCAACAGAGCCAUCAGAUGCAUCAAACCGCCCAAAUCAAUCUGAGAGAACAGAAAGAUUUCAAUCGUCUUAUAAACGGGAAUCUGUUGAUCGACCUCGCACAUCAUUGCGACCACCUUCAGCUCGACCAGCAAGUUCGAGACCUGCUGCGCCAAGAAGACGUGAUAAAAAUGUUAAGCAAAAAGAACAUUUGAAAGAUUUGCUUCAAAAGUUAGUUCGAUCAGUGAAUCCAAUGGGGAAGUUGAUGGAUUUUGUGCAAGAAGACAUAGAUUCAAUGCAAAGAGAAUACACAAAAUGGGAUGAAAUUUACAAACAAGCGACGAUUGAUUUGAAAAGAGAACAAACGGAAACUGCAAGUGCAAUUGAACCUUUAAAAUAUCAGUUGGGUCAACUCGAGAAACUGAUUAAAGAACAUCACGAGACGAUUGAUCAACUGGCAGUAUUUUCAGCAAAGCAUCGACAAAAGUCAGUUGAAGAAGUGCAACCGCCACCAUCAACAGAGCCAUCAGAUGCAUCAAACCGCCCAAAUCAAUCUGAGAGAACAGAAAGAUUUCAAUCGUCUUAUAAACGGGAAUCUGUUGAUCGACCUCGCACAUCAUUGCGACCACCUUCAGCUCGACCAGCAAGUUCGAGACCUGCUGCGCCAAGAAGACGUGAUAAAAACAUUGAAAUUGUUCUCCAACCUGACGAAACUGUUAAGAUUGGAGACAUCAGUGUGAAAAUGGAAGAAUUCACGAAAGAACUUGAGGAUGAUGGAGAAAAUCUUGUGAUUAUUGAAGACUCGACAGCUAUCACUGAAAACUUUAUGAAUGAAAGAUUGACACAAAAUUCAAAUGAAGAAAUUAAAGAAGACGAACAAGGAAAAUUAGUGCAGCAAAUUUUAGAAACCGAGAAGAACUUUGAAGGUGCUUUAGGGAUGGAAGGAAAGAAAACUGAAAUCGAAUUCGAUGAAACAAAGACCCAAACAAAUGUUAAGCAAAUAGAACAUUUGAAAGAUUUGCUUCAAAAGUUAGUUCGGUCAGUGAAUCCAAUGGGGAAGUUGAUGGAUUUUGUGCAAGAAGACAUUGAUUCGAUGCAAAGAGAAUAUACAAAAUGGGAUGAAAUUUACAAACAAGCGACGAUUGAUUUGAAAAAAGAACAAACGGAAACUGCAAGUGCAAUUGAACCUUUAAAAUAUCAGUUGGGUCAACUCGAGAAACUGAUUAAAGAACAUCACGAGACGAUUGAUCAACUGCGAGGCAAUCUCCUACUUAAUGAACAAAAGAUUGUAAAAUUAUUUACAGAAUUAUAA